UCCUGCGCUCCUCUCUGUCUCCUACUCUACAUUUCAUUUAGGAAAAAGAUAGAAAACGAAAACGAUAUACAGACAUGUGCGGAGAAACAAACACAAAAAGAAGUGCUUUUGGUUUUAUGCUUUACUGGAGCAGAGCAAGUCAGUAAAGUCAUAGGGCAAGUUUCUUUCUUUCUUUCUUUCUUUCUUUCUUUCUUUCUUUCUUUCUUUCUUUCUUUCUUUCUUUCUUUCUUUCUUUCUUUUCUUUUCUGUCUGUCUGUCUGUCGUUCUUUCUUCCUUUCUUUCACUCUCUGCUGGACGCGGUCCCGGUUCUGCACUCUGGAUCUCUGGACCGUACUUUCCGUGAUGGACCGGGUUGGGAAGUGUGGGACUACCAGGUGCGCAGGAGGACGUCUGGGCGUUUAGGGAGAAAUAGGGCUGAGACUGCCUCAUGUGUUGGGCUUCCUCUGUGUUCUGGUCCCCACCGACCCCCAUCCUUCCAGCAUCAGUGGGAUGUCCCAGGUGUGUCUCCUCUUGGCCUUGCUCAUGCUCUGCAGCUGCACAAAGGUUUCCUCUGCCAACUCUCUGGAGCUUUUGAAGGAGCAGUGGAGCAGCUACAGGGACCAGUGCCUGGACUACAUUAAUGCUACUGCCCCUGCAACAGGGUUUGUGUGUAACAGGACCUUUGAUCUGUAUGCCUGUUGGCCUGAUGGACUUCCGGGAACCACAGUUAAUGUCUCGUGUCCCUGGUUCCUGCCUUGGUACCGCAAAGUUCAGCGGGGUCUGGUCUACAGAGUCUGCAGUGAAGAUGGUAACUGGGGACCAAAGAAUACCAGUGAAUGUGAGGAUGACCCUGGUGAGCAGCAGUAUGGUCGCAUCCUCAAUCAGUUACGAAUCAUGUACACAGUGGGCUACUCUCUCUCACUUGGAGCUCUGCUGCUGGCCCUAGGAAUUCUCAUCAGCUUCAGGAAGCUCCACUGUAUGAGGAACAACAUCCAUAUGAACCUGUUUGCUUCCUUCAUCCUGAGAGCUGUGUCCAUUCUGGUUAAAGAUGCCCUACUGACCCAGACACUGGACCCAAAGAGCAGCAGUGACAUCCGGACACAAGCCUGGGUCAACAUACCAGCUGUGACGUGGUGCCGAGGUGCCAUGGUGAUGAUGCAGUACAGCGUCAUGGCCAACAACUACUGGCUGCUGGUGGAAGGCAUCUACCUGCACAGUCUCCUGGUCAUCACUGCUUUCCGUGAGAAGAAAUACUUCUACAUUUACCUGGCCAUUGGCUGGGGUGCACCAUUAAUUUUUGUGCUGCCGUGGAUCACAGUGAAAUAUCUGUAUGAGAAUGAAGAGUGCUGGGAGAGAAACAUUAACAUGGGAUAUUGGUGGAUCAUCCGUUCUCCCAUACUGUUUGCUUAUCUGAUUAACUUUGUCAUCUUCAUCCGAAUAAUUAAAAUCUUGAUGUCUAAACUUAGAGCCCACCAGAUGAGAUACACUGACUACAAAUUCAGACUAGCAAAGUCCACCCUGACCCUCAUCCCCCUGCUUGGGAUUCAUGCUAUCCUCUUCACCUUUGUCAUAGAUGAAUCUGUCCCAAAAGGCUCCAUGCUCCGCCUUAUUCGCCUCUUCUGUGACCUUCUUUUCAACUCCUUUCAGGGACUGCUGGUUGCUAUCCUAUACUGCUUUGUCAAUAAAGAGGUGCAGUCGGAGAUGCUAAAAAAGUGGAAGAGGUGGAAACUGGGGAAGGAUAUUGAUGAGGAGUACCGCCACACCCACAGCCACACCCCGCACAUUAAAAGCGGCAGCAUCGCCACUGGCAAUCUGCCCGAUCUCCAUGACAACAACGCCAGCGACCCAAGCAGUGACUCACCUCGCCUCGACAAAGCCAACAGCGGCCCAUCCUGUACCACUGCACCUGAGGAGAACCGCAGACUAGUUGUCUCCUACAGCAAUGGAACGGGAAAAAGCAGACCCGCCAAGAGCAAACAAACCCUGCAGUUGUCUUUCAGACCACAGAGAGGCAGCCAUACUAGCACUACAGAGGAUGUGUGUUUGGAGGAGCAAGUGCAGUACUGCAGAUAUCCACAUGGAGGAGAGGAAACCAGCGUUUGAAACUAAGAGCUUUCCAUCACAGAAACGCUUAUUAAUUUUGCUUAGUGCUUAAGGUCACUGUUCACCUGCCACAUAAAAUAUUAGAAAACUUAAUAAAUAAAUUAAUCUACCACCUACAAACUGAUAUUUAUUGGUUUUGGGACUGAAAACAAAUCACUUCCAACUUAAGACAUUGGGAAUGAUUAUAUAAUUUAAAAUAUAACUACUGUGGUUUUCAGUGUGUGUGUGUGUGUGUGUGUGUGUGCAUACUGGACUUUCACUGCAACGUCAAACUUCUGCUGCUGUUGCCAUUGGGAGACAUGCUUGUGUUAUGUGUUUGUUCGCAGCAGUGGGCACUUAUUUGUUGUACUCAUUCAGUGGUUUUAUGACACAAAAUUGCAGCAUUUAUUACAUUCUACGUCUUGUUCAGGAGGACCGAUGGAUUCUCUGGAGACCAAUGACUCGUGCCACUCAGUGAUGAGAGUUAAUGUUUGCCACGCUGUGGGAACCUCGGAGUCGGGAACUCUCAUCUUCAGGAAAACUCUGUUAUUAUGUUUAAAUUAUUGUGGUAUAAAAUAACUAAUGCCAAAGGACAAAUUGAAAAUAUAUCACAUAUCAUCUGUUAAUUAAAUCCAUUUUUCAUGCCUUUUAUGCCUUUUUUGUUUACCAUCUCCAAUCUUCUUAUUGUAAGCUAAUUUUGACUGAAUUUACUUUGAUAACAGAGUAAAAAACAGUUUAAAAUAUUAACUGUAUAAAAAAAUAUUAACUGAGUUACUGUAUAUAUGUAAUUAACAAUACAUGUGAUAUUUAUAGCACUACUUUUUUUCCAAUAACUUAUUUUAAAUGUUUUGGAUUUGCCCUCAUGCAGAAUCAGAGCAAUGAUUCAAACAGACUUAGUUAAUUGUAUGAAAUUCAGUUUGUGGUGCAUUCAAGUUAAAGUUCCUCUGCAUCAUCAUCAUCAAUUAGUUCAAGGAUCUCAAUCUCCGGUCCUUGAUGGCCACUUUCCUGCAGGUUUUAGAGGUUUCCCUGCUUCAACAAAAAUUUAUUUAAAUUUAAAUGUAUGAGUCAUUGUGCAGAACUUAGCAUCAAGCAGUUAAAUCCAUUUAAUUCAAAUCAGGUGUGUUGGAGCAGGGAAGCACUGAAAACCUGCAGGGCAGUGACCGUCAAGGACCAGAG